CCGUAAAACCUGAUUGAAAACGAGGCUCCACUUCCGCCAUCUUAGAAAAAACUGGGAGGUGCAUGGUUCACACUUCUGAACUUUGCCAAGUUGUCUCACGGUCGUCCUGCUUUAUCUAAGAAGACAUGUCGAAGAACACCGGGGCAUCGAGGUUUCGGAAGGUCGACGUCGACGAGUACGACGAGAAUAAAUACGAAGAAGACGUCGACGAGUCGCCAACAGGCACCGGACCGAACGAACAGGAAGUGAACGGCCUUCUUCAGCAAGGUGAAAAUGUUGAAGCUUUGAAAAGAGUGUUGUCUAAUCCUCCAACUGGGAGCAAGAACCAGUCAGAAAAGAGCCAAGCAGUGAGCCUGGUGCUGAGGGUUCUCCUAUCCUUUAAGAAGUCGGACAUGGAUAAAGGCAUCAAGGCACUAGACAGCAAACAGCUGGACCUGCUGAUGAAGUACAUCUAUAGAGGCUUUGAGAACCCAACAGACGACAGUAGCAGUAGUACACUCUUGAUCUGGCAUGAAAAGGCAUUUGCAGUUGGAGGACUUGGCUCAAUAGUGCGUGUGUUGACUGACAGGAAAACAGUAUGAUGUCACCAGGGUUCCACCAAUCAUCACAUCACAUCUUCCACUCAAUAAUAAGAAUAAGUCUCUUAGUCAGUCAUGGCAUCCAUUUUGUAUCCCAUGAUUCAUUUGGUAUCAAAGGCAGAGAUUACACCAUGCUUGACCGUGUCAGAAAAAGAGAGCCCAUGUAUAGAAGUGCCAUAAAAUUUUUGAUCUGACAUCUGAAUUUGUAACUCUGUAUUUCUUGCAUUUCAUAAGCAAAUUUUUAUCUUCUAAGUCAGAUGAAGCCCUUCCACACAAGCAAACAGAGGGACAGGUCCUGAAGGCAGCCCUGGUCCUGAUGCUUUUCAGAUUUACAUUGUUAAACUGUAUUUGUUUGGAUCACAUGAAAGAUUUUGACUUAAAAGUCGAAAUAAUUGAAAACGUGAGAGUCCCUACCUACUGACACAAAUUUUUCAGGACUGAAAUCGGAAACAGCUUUUUUUUUGCAUUGACCAUGUACCCAUGCUUGAUUGAAAACUUUUACAUUAUUACUGGUGUGCAUGGUUCUAUAACAAUAAUUACUAGUACCUGCAGUUGUUUUAGUUCAUUGAGAAGAAACAAAUGUAAAGUAUAGUGUUUUUAUGGUGGAAUCAAAAAGGUUGAACAGUGUUGUAAUCUUUGCACUUGAUGCUAAUAAUAAUAGAUGAGGUUAUGGGAUAGGUGCCCCUUAUAUGCAAUGUACAUUUUAUGGUACUUUCGUAAUAAGUAAUUAUAUUAUAAUCAGUACCUUUAAGCGGUAGAAAUAUCCUACCAAUCAAUUGUGUAUCCUGUAAUAAGAUAUCUUCUUUAGCACGUUAUGAUAUAAAAGAUUAUAUAAGCUGGGUUACAUUCAAUGGUGUACUUAGUAUCAUUUAUUUGGAGAUGCGGCAUUCCCUAUUGUUGAAUUAGGCCUCUGAUGUUUUGACUUUUACACUCUGUCUCAUGUGUUACAGUGAAUUGGUAAAAAAAGAGACACCGGUGACUUUUUAAUGUUUCUAUCAGAAUGGUGGUGUUUAAAAUCAUACCAUGUAAUGUCCCAUAAAACUACAAUGAGUUUCCUUAAUUUAGAUUCCCUAAAGCAUGCCUAUAUUCCUUAGAAUGUAGCAACCAGAUCUUUUCUUGGACUUAGGGUAACACUGUGUUUGAUAGCAAGCUGUCUUUCAAAGUCUAUACGAGAGACUGUGAAGCAUAUUCAUUCUCUAUUACUUCUGUAAAAAAAAACAUUUGUAUCAUCAAAACGAACUGAAAACAUAAGAAACAUAUUCAAACUCAAUAGUAUUGUAUGGUGAUGAACUUCAUUUUUGUUCUUGAUUUUUCAUGAUCACUAUUAAUUCUUUAUGUUUGCUUGAAAGUGAUCAAAAACAUAAGUCAGAUUUUGUUAUUAAGUGUGCCAGGUUAUACUAUGUUGACACCUAAUUGUAUCUCUUUUAUUAAAGCUGCACUACGUUGUAUUCUAGGACUUA